AUGCCGGUAACAUACACCGAAAACCCCACAGACCCAGCGGUCACCGCCAAAUUCAACAAUAAGGCGUCAAGCCAGUACUUCGACCCCUGCCAGGAGGCCGCCGACCGCUCGUUGAGGUGCCUGCAUAGGAACCCGGGCGAUAAGGAUAUGUGUACGGAUUAUUUCCAGGCGUAUCGCGACUGUAAGAAGAAAUGGAUUCAAGAGCGCAAGGAGGAGAAGCGGAGGAACUCGAAGAUGACAUUGUGGUAA